UUCAGCAUUGUAGAAAUUCUUACACUGUUCCGAAUAUGGGUCUGUUUUCAGAAGCAGAAAAACAGUGAGAAAGAAGGAGCUGCAGCUGCUGGAUCCUCGUCCACGUUGGUCAAAGUGAAGACUCGAUACAAAGAUGUUGAUGACUAUAUUUCCACUUACGAGCCUCUUAUUUUUGAAGAAGCCAAGUCUCAGAUUAUUAAGGAGAAAGAAGAUGAAGAGGUGACUGAAUGGAAGCUGGGGGUGGUGAAGAGUUACACUGAGGGGGAUGGCUUUCAUUUUAUAGAGUUUCCGUGUGAAAUAAAUGAGGGAGAAUCGAUAUCACAGAAUGAUCUUUUACUGCUCUCCAAAGAUAAGUUUGUGGAUGGAAAAAAAUUGCCCACUGUAUAUGCAUUUGCUUUGGUGGAGAAUGUACGAAAAUUUUCUGAAACAAGGCUUCUCCGUGCUAGACUCUACCUAGCUGGAGAGUUCUCUCAUUAUGAUACAGAUAGUGUAAAAUCAUCUCCAAGGCUAUUUAACAUGCGUUCUCAUAUAUGUGAGUCAGAGAGACAAUUGUAUUUUAUGAAGAUGUGCAGUUUAUCCACCAUUGCUCGUGAAUAUUUGGCUGUACGAACAAUUGGCUUCCUCCCUUACAAGGAUUUGAUAUUAAAUGCUGUUGGAGAGAAUUCCAGUACAGAAGCUGAGCGUUGGAAAAUCUCAAUAUCUCUGAAGGAAUAUGUUGAAAGUACUUUCAAUCAAUAUCAGCGUGAGGCUAUAAUAGCAGGUCUAUCGCCAAAAGCAUUUGUCCUUAUACAGGGUCCCCCUGGGACUGGGAAAACUCAAACCAUACUUGGGCUUCUAAGUACCAUUUUGCAUUCAAGUCCAACAAGGGUGCAGUCGAAGAACGGGAUGCUCGAGCUAAAGCGGGAGGUGCAGUUACCAAUUGAGGAAAAACGCAAACACUGGGGACUGGCCUCUCCAUGGUUGAAUAGUGUUAAUCCAAGGGAUAGUUUGAUGCCAAAAGAUGGCGAUGAUGGAUUUUUCCCAACUACUGGAAAUGAAUUAAAACCUGAGGCUGUAACUUCAAGCCGUAAGUAUCGGGUACGAAUUCUAGUAUGCGCUCCAUCAAACUCUGCCCUGGAUGAGAUUGUGUUGCGGGUUCUUAAUGGAGGGGUACAUGAUGAAUGUGAUCGACCUUACACACCUAACAUUGUUCGGAUUGGUCUCAAAGCACAUCAUUCAAUCAAGCAAGUCGCCUUGGAUGAACUUGUGAAAGGAAAACGGGUCAGUGCCAACAAAUCAUCUACUGAUAAGCAGAGCAAUGGUCCUGGGGGAAAUAAUGAUGAUAGUGUCCGGGCUGCACUUCUGGAUGAAGCCACAAUAGUUUUCUCGACUCUCAGUUUUAGUGGUUCGCAUAUCUUCAGUAAACUAAAUCGCAGCUUUGAUGUUGUGAUUAUAGAUGAAGCAGCUCAAGCUGUGGAACCUGCGACCCUUGUGCCAUUAGCCAAUCAAUGCAAAAAAGUAUUUCUGGUUGGUGAUCCUGCACAGCUUCCAGCAACUGUAAUUUCAGAUGUUGCUAAGAAUCAUGGAUAUGGCACAAGCUUAUUUGAAAGAUUGAUGCAAGCUGGCUAUCCAGUUAAAAUGUUGAAGACCCAAUACCGAAUGCAUCCUGAGAUAAGAAGCUUCCCUUCUAGCGAAUUUUAUGAAGAUGCAUUGGUAGAUGGGGAUGAUGUCAAAAUGCGGACACAACGUGAGUGGCAUCAGUAUCGCUGCUUUGGUCCAUUCUGUUUCUUCGAUGUACAUGAGGGAAAAGAGACUCGGCCAUCAGGGAGUGGUUCUUGGAUAAAUACCGAGGAAGUUGAUUUUGUCCUAUUCUUGUAUCAAAAACUGAUAACACGAUAUCCCACGUUGAAGUCGGGUAACCAAGUUGCAAUCAUAUCACCCUAUAGACAACAAGUCAAGCUCUUCCAAAAACGUUUUGAAGAGACUUUUGGAGUGUCAUCCCAGGAAAUAGUGGAUAUAUGUACGGUUGAUGGUUGCCAGGGACGUGAGAAGGAUGUUGCAAUAUUUUCAUGUGUGAGGGCAAGCGAAGAUAAAGGUAUAGGGUUUGUGGAGGACAUCCGGCGAAUGAAUGUUGGGAUCACAAGAGCAAAGUCUGCAGUUUUGGUUGUUGGAUCUGCCUCAACAUUGAGGAGGAGCAAACAAUGGAACAAGCUAGUGGAAAGUGCUGAGAAGAGGGAUUGUUUCUUCCAAGUUUCGAAACCCUACUCCUCAUUCUUCAGCGACGAAAAUCUUACAUCCAUGAAAGCAAAGAUAGGGGAACAAUCUCAGAAUGCUGAAAUGCAGGAUGUUGAAGUGCCGCAUGAAAAUGCUGUAGCAGAUGCCGAUCAAGCACAAGCUGAGGACUAUGGAGAUGGUGAUGGCGAUGCUGAAAUGGAUGAUCCAGGUGACGAUGAUUAGAGUUAAUAAAUAGUUACAUAGCUGUAUAGUUGAGUAUACACAUAACAGGCUUCUGGUUCUGUAUAUUCCAAUAUUUGCAACCUGCAUUUGUCUGGAUAGUUAGUAACUUUCAUCGCCAAAAAGCAAGAAAGUCCAUCCGCGACUAUUGGUUUGUUAUACUUGUUAGAGUAUAAUUAGGAUCAAUUUACAUUAUUUAACAUAUCUGAAUAUUUAUUAUAGGAUAUUAUGUCUUAGCACCUAUGAAUAUUUUUUUAUAUUGUAUCAUUCUACACAACUUGAA